AUGCACCGGAAGACCAUCGUGUCGAAUUAUUUUAUAACACCAGAGCAUUCCAUUGCUGUCCCGCGUAUUUUUACACCAAAUGUAUCUGUUGAGGAUAUUACGCUGAGCGACACGCCAACUCAGCUUUCUACGUCGGUCGCACAAGCGAGAGCACCCGGACCUCAAGCUGCAGCUCUGACGGUGGGCGGAAAACGUGGGCGCGAAAGCUCAUGGUACAGUCGGUGUCACAACAACUCUAUAGGAGAAAAUACUGUGGGUUUCGCUGGAGCGACACCGGGUUCUCACCAUUGCGAUGUGGUAAAUCCAUAUGAUGAAUCCCAUCAAGGUCCCGUGCGGCCCAUAAGUGAUUUUGGAGAACGGGCAAUACAUAGCGAGUCUUUAGAUGCCUACAGGCAUGCGAAACUGCCCCGAAAAGAACCGAUCACGGCGGCGAGUACCGCGGGAAAUAGGGAAAGUGCCAGUUUCGCCAGCAUGUCGGCCGACCUGGUGCGUUUGCAGGAGCAGUAUGAGAAACUCAACAGGAGUAUAGAGGAGGCACGUGAUGAGCUAAGGCGCAGCCGGGAAGAGAUUGAGCGGUCAAAGCAGCAUGCCGAUCAGGCGAUCACUGACCUGCGUGUGGAGGUGGCCCAGUUAUCCAAACAUGUACAACUUUUGGAGGGCCGAAAUACAUCUGUAGAGCAGUCAGUGAGCUCCCUCAAUGGAAUGCGAAGGGUGGUCGAGUGCCUCCAAAGUGAACUACUUACCCUGCGCAAAGAGACCACACAGAACUCCACUGCCGUUGCUGUGCUCGAAAAGCUGCUGGAUGACAUCAAACACCAGCCCCGUAUUCCACAGGCUCCCGCAAAUCUAAGCGCGGGCUCUGCCAACAGACAACCGACCUCCUCUGGGGUCGCUCCGUUUACCUCACCAGCUGCGGAACCGCCAGUAGCUCCAGUGUCGACGGGAACGGUUUCGUCCAGUAGCACAGGUAUAAACGCGGUAUCCACCAACAAGUCAUCUGCCACAUUUGGCACAUUGAUAUCCACUGAGGGAUCAGCAGCGCCUCCAAAAUCAAGUGGCACAUUUUCGUUUGGUUCCGUGGCUGUGACUGCAACCCAUGAAGACAAAACAUCGUCGCCGUUUGGCACCGUGAAGCCUGCUGGGGGACCAACUGAAGGAACAGCAACAACACCGAAGUCAGCUGAUACAUAUUCGUUCGGCGGGUUGAACAGUGCUACAGCUGCCACGAGCGAGCCACCCAAACCCUUCAGCAUCCCUGCAGCUCCCGCCUCUGCCACACCCACUGGUGGAUCAGAAACAACACCAGCAUCAGCAAACAGGUUUUCGUUCGGUUCCAUAAGCACAGCGAAACCUUUCGGCCCAAAUGCAUCCACUCCCUUUGGUGCAGCCGUGUCCACCGAAGGGGCAACAGCAACACAAGCGCAGGCACCAAGCGGCGGGUUUUCAUUUGGUGGUGCAGGCGCCACUGAAUCUUCCACGUCGAGUUUUAGCUUUGGAAACGCACCCAAGCCAGUGGAAAAUACGACAAAUGGGAAUAACGCAGCAGUGGCGAGUGCCCCGGGACCCGGGGGAUGCUUCUCAUUCCCUUCUUCUUCAGCGGCGCAAACCUCAGUUUCGACUGGGCCAGAGGUAACGAGGGACCCCUUGCCUAAUGCAAGUCCGUUUGCCACCCUAUCGGAACCGACCGCGUUCGGCAACAACGCUUCAUUCCCCGUUGGUGCCUUGGCUCCCACCACCGCCUUCGGCUCAGCCACCACGACAUCUAAUUCUUUUGGUUCGGUCCAAUGGGAUGGAAGCGGCGCGCUUAAACCAGCUGCACCCCAAGAAGGAGUCACUUCAAGUGUGCGAAAAAGGCCGUGUAGGAGGUACUAA